AUGUCUGACGCUCUCCGCAAAGAUUUCCACACCAAGGCUGGGGAGAAGAUUACUCCCGACUCCUCCAAGUCAACUCUUGACAAGGCCAAGGAGAGUAUUACUGGUGCCGGUGACAAGGCCGCCCGUGGUGCUCAACCAGACUCCGAGAAGUCCACUUCGCAAUCCGUCAGUGACAAGUUCGGCCGCUCCAAGGAUAGAGAAGUCCACGGCAGCUCCAGCGGCUCCGUCGUCGACAAGACCAAGAGCGCUUUCGGUCUCGGCGAUAAGCACUAG